AUGGACUCGUCUCUGUUUACCGCCGCUCGCAUUAACAAGUUCUCCGGAACAAACUUCCAUGUGUGGAAGUUCAAGAUGCAAAUGGUGCUGGAGGAGCGAGACCUGUGGGACGUCGUGAGCGGCGAGGUCAAGAUCGAGCACUGUACAAGUACUUUGGACCAAGCGACUUUCAAGCGAAAGUCGCGAAAGGCGCUAGCGAUAAUCUGUCUUGCGAUGGAGGAUUCGCAGUUGCCACUGGUUCGCUCGGCGAAGGACGCGUAUGAUGCAUGGUCAAGUCUGGAAGGACACUACGAGAAGAAAAGCUUGGCUAAUAAGCUCUUCCUUCGUCGCCGGUUCUUCACGACAAUGAUGGGAGAAGGUGAUGACGUGCUGGAGCACAUCAACAGACUCAAGACUCUGGCGGAGCAAUUGGACGCAGUCGGUGCUCCGGUCAGUGAAGAUGAUUUGAUCAUCACGCUUCUGGCCAGUCUGAACGAGUCGUACCAGUUCCUGAUAACAGCAUUGGAGUCGAGAGCCGACUCUCUGUCGUGGGAACUAGUGACAUCUCGGCUAAUGCAUGAAGACAUGAAGCGCAAGGAGCAAGGUGGUGGAAUCGAAGGAGCCGCGCACGGUCAAGCUCAAGCAUUCAUGUCAAGAGACAACAAGCGCAAGGCUCGACCGGCUAAGAAGACCGGUGCGUGCCACAAUUGUGGAAAGCAAGGACAUUGGAUUGCCGAAUGCCCCUCGCGCAUCCAUGAAGACGCUGAUCGACACAGGUACCAGCGUGCAAACAUCGCGCAAGAACCAGAGCUUGGCGAUUACCUGUUCUCGGUUGGUGGCGGCAAGACCAAGUCGAGUUACAUGUGGCUGGUCGAUUCAGGGGCGACGCAGCACAUGACAAGUUCGAAAGAGUUCAUGAGGAACUACAAGGACUUUGGACCAGUAGAUGUGCAUCUUGCUGAUGAUGGAGUUGUGCAAGCGAUUGGAAAGGGUGACAUUGUCAUGCCAAUGAGGACUCGUCAAGGGGUCAAGAAGGGUGACGUGGAGCCUGUCACCUUUGAAGUCGAUGGUUGCUUCGCGGAAACGAAGGGUUUCAAGUGGAAACUAGGCGCUCUAGAAGGAAAGGGAUUGUUCAAGCUUUGUAUGACACCGGUGUUUCCUGACGAGGUCAAUGUGGCGAGUCCAAUAAACUUCAAAGGAGACAACACUUCCUACCUCUGGCACCUUCGACUUGGCCACAUUGGUCAUGGUGGUCUAGACGCCAUCGUCAAGAAAGAUUACGGCAGUGGAAUCGGCAUGAAGUCUGUGCAGAAGUGGGAGUUUUGUAAAGGAUGCGCACUUGGCAAACAAACACGUGUGAGCUAUAUGCCCAAGUCACCCGACCGAGCACGUAUGUUGCUGGAGGUCAUUCACAGCGAUGUGUGUGGCCCCAUGAAAACUCCUACCUUCAGUGGAAAACGAUACUUUGUGACUUUCAUUGACGAAUACUCGCACUACUGUGUGGUGUAUCUGCUUCAAAACAAGUCUGAAGUAGCGACCAAGUUCGCUCAAUUUGUUGCGUUGGCGGAAACCCAAACUGGCAAACGUGUGAAGACUCUUCGAAGCGAUAAUGGUGGUGAGUACACUUCCAGAACGAUGUCCAAGUUCUGUGCGGACCAUGGUAUCAUGCAGAAAUUCACGCCGCCUUACACUCCUCAAUUGAACGGUGUCGCCGAGCGAAUGAAUCGGACAUUAGUGGAAAGCGCUCGUUGCAUGAUGGAACAUGCUGAGUUAUCCAAGUCGUAUUGGUGUGAGGCAGUCAUGACUGCGAACUUCCUACGUCUUCGCUGUCCAAGUCGUUCAACAAGUCACGACAAGUCACCCUACGAAGUAUGGAGUGGUAAGAAACCUAUACUUGCAAACCUGAAGGUGUUCGGUUGUCAUGCAUACGUGCAUGUGCCCAAGCCAAAGCGGUCCAAGCUCGAUGCAAGAUCGAUUCAGUGUCGGUUCAUUGGAUACUCCGACCAUGAAAAAGCGUACCGUUUCGAGGAGAUCAAGAGUCGUCGUGUACUGGUCAGUCGCGACGCACAGUUCAUGGAGAAUGUUUUCGACAGUGGGAGACGCGACUAUGUGCAAGAUGGAGCCGUCGUCGAAGAAGAAGCUUUUAUGGAAGAUGAGGAUGUACCUAUGGAGGACUACUCCUCUCAUGACACCAGCAACAUGAAUUUUGAAGAGGCUACAAUGGAUGGCGUUGAUGAACCCGGCGUUAAGAGACACCAACGCACACAGUCACUCGAGGCCUUGGCCAACGCUCCUGAUGCGAAACGUCGAGCUCGAUACCUUACCAUGGCCGAGAUGUCUGCGACUGCUGAUACCAGUCACUCUGUUGAGACUGCCUACGUCGUGGAUUCAGUGGGAGAUUUACCAGGGACAUUCAAGUCAGCAGUGGAAUCCAGCGACGCAGUCAAGUGGAAAGAGGCUUGUGACUCCGAAAUAAAUUCCCUUCGUCAAAAUGAGACCUGGAAUCUUGUGCCGCUUCCACAGGGACGCAAGGCAAUUGGUAAUCGAUGGGUAUUUCGGGUAAAGGAGACCAAGGAUGGAAGAAUCGAGCGGUUCAAAGCGCGUUUGGUAGCCAAAGGUUUCUUACAGAAACAUGGCAUUGACUAUGACGAGACCUUCGCUCCUGUGGCCAAGUUCACAUCCAUCCGAGUUUUACUCAGCUUAGCGGCGAAGUACUCGUUCAUGAUUCACCAUAUGGAUGUCAAGACAGCAUUUCUAAAUGGACAUCUUGAGGAAGAUAUUUACAUGGCGCAGCCGGAUGGAUACGUUGAUGAAGAUCAUCCGGACUUUGUUUGCCAGCUAAAGCGCUCUCUAUAUGAUCUGAAGCAGUCCCCACGGAUGUGGAACCAGACCAUUGACAAGUUUAUGCUGGACUUGGAUUUUAAGAAGUGCAAGACCGACCAUUGCAUUUAUUUCAAGCGAGAUCAAGAAGACUUGAUUUUUGUAGCGCUGUACGUUGACGAUUUGGUCCUCGUAAGCAACAACGCCGAACUGAUUAGAGCUACAAAGGAUGCGCUAAGUGAGCGGUUUGACAUGACGGAUCUUGGCGACCUCAAGUACUUCCUAGGAGUGGAAGUUAACCAAGAUCGUUCAGCUGGUACGAUUUCGAUUUGUCAGUCCAAAUUUGCAAAGGACAUCCUUGAGAAAUUUGGCAUGGAUAACAGCAAUCCUGUCAGAACUCCACAAGAACCAGGACUCAAGCUGACAAAGUCAAUGUGCGUGGAUGGGUGCAAGCAUGACGAAACGAUGGCAAAUGUGCCAUUUCGCAACGCAGUCGGCUGCUUGAUGUACCUUAUGGUGGGUACACGCCCAGACCUUGCAGCUGCAGUGGGAGUGCUUAGCCAGUUCUCGGCAGACCCUUGUCCGACCCAUUGGCAAGCUCUUAAGCGGGUGUUACGUUACAUCCAAGGCACAAGGGAAUAUGGAAUCGAGUAUCAAGCAACAAACAAUGACAAACUGCACGGCUACUCGGAUGCAGACUGGGCCGGAGACGUGGAAGCUCGACGAAGCACAAGCGGGUACACGUUCAUAUUGAACAACGGGUGUGUAAGCUGGAGAAGUAAGAAACAGAGCACUGUGGCUCUUUCAUCUACGGAAGCGGAGUACAUGGCUUUGACGGAAGCGGAGUACAUGGCUUUGACGGAAGCUGCACAAGAAGCAAUUUGGCUGAAGGCACUAUUAUGUGAGCUCGACGAGAUGAGGAGCGAUGAAGCUGUCAAGAUUUACGAAGACAAUCAAGGUUCCAUCGCUUUGGCCAAAAAUCCCGAAUUUCACAAGCGCACAAAACACAUUGACAUUCGGUAUCACUUUGUAAGCGAAAAAGUGGCUGAAGGAACAUUGGUGUUGGAAUACUGCUCGACCAAGGACAUGAAGGCCGACCUGAUGACGAAGCCAAUUCCUGCAGUACAGUUUCAACAUCUACGGAACAUGCUGGGUGUCAAGGUGCUAACUUCUGCCGAGGCGAGUGGGAGUGUUGUCACAAAUGCGCCUCGGCAUGCGUAUUCGCACAAGAACCUGUAG